AACACAGCUGAACCUGCAGUCCAAGGCGGAGAACACCAGAACCAAGAGCAUGUUUCUGUCCAGGGCGCUGGAGAAGAUCCUGUCCGACAAGGAGGUGAAGAGGAGCCAGCACAACCAGCUCAGGAAGGCCUGUCAGGUGGCGCUCGAUGAGAUCAAGGCCGAGCUUGAGAAACAAAAGGAUGGCACGGUGGUUGCACCCAGAGCCAACUACAUCGAGGCUGAUAAAUACGUGCUGCCUUUCGAGCUGGCCUGUCAGUCAAAAUCCCCCCGGAUAGUGAGCACAUCUCUGGACUGUCUGCAGAAGCUGAUCGCGUAUGGCCACAUCACAGGCAAUGCCCCCGACAGCCGAACACCGGGUAAGAGGCUGAUCGACCGGCUGGUGGAAACCAUCUGCAACUGCUUCCAGGGUCCACAGACUGACGAGGGAGUCCAGCUACAGAUCAUCAAGGCCCUGCUGACGGCGGUGACCUCCCCGCACAUAGAGAUCCAUGAAGGCACCGUGCUGCUCACCGUCAGGACCUGCUACAACAUCUACCUGGCCAGCCGCAACCUCAACCAGACCACUGCCAAGGCCACACUCACACAGAUGCUCAAUGUCAUCUUUACGCGCAUGGAAAACCAGGCUGCUCUGGAGGCUCAAGAGCAGGAGAAGGACCGACUCCGUCUACCACAGCAAAACCCAUCCCCAGUCCCAGGUAGUAGGAGAUCUGGCUCUCCACGUUCCGACCGGACGCCGACUCCAGAGCUUCAGAUUCCCCGUCACCAGCAGCCAGUUCUCCCGACCUCACGAACACCAACAACACAGAUUCAGUGUUUGAAGAUGAAGCAGCAGAGACGCUUCCUGAAGCCGAACAGCCAGCUGAGGAAGGGGACAAACCAGAGAGCAGUCCCAUCAGACAGAAUCAACAGUGACAGAGGGAGAGGAGAGAGAGCUGCAGACAGAGCAACAAACAGUGGGACAGGACCGCUCUCUGUUUCCUCCACGGACAUGCUGGAUGCUGAGACUCUUCAGGGAUCCUACAACGCCGCCCGCUUCUCUCACAUCCUGCAGAAAGAUGCUUUCCUGGUGUUCCGCUCUCUCUGCAAACUCUCCAUGAAGCCUCUGGCUGACGGACCUCCAGAUCCAAAGUCCCAUGAAUUGCGGUCCAAAAUAGUCUCCUUGCAGCUGCUGCUCUCCGUGCUGCAGGGCGCGGGGCCGGUGUUUCGCACUCAUGAGAUGUUUGUCAACGCCAUCAAACAGUAUCUGUGUGUGGCGCUGUCCAAAAACGGCGUCUCCUCUGUGCCUGAGGUCUUUGAGCUCUCACUGGCUAUCUUCCUCACCCUGCUGUCCCACUUCAAGGUCCACCUGAAGAUGCAGAUAGAGGUCUUCUUCAGGGAGAUCUUUCUGACCAUCCUGGAGACAUCAACCAGCUCCUUUGAGCACAAGUGGAUGGUGAUCCAGACACUGACACGCAUCUGUGCAGGAGCCGUCUGCUCCGUGUCUCCGCUGCAGGUGUGGUGUCGACUCGUCACCGCCUCCUUCAACUAUUUCCACUCCACCAACUUCUUCUGGAUGUUCGGCGAGGGCUGCUACCUCCACACCGCCAUCGUGCUCACCUACUCCACCGACAAGCUGCGCAAGUGGAUGUUCAUCUGCAUCGGCUGGUGUAUACCGUUUCCUAUCAUCGUGGCCUGGGCCAUCGGGAAGCUGUACUACGACAAUGAGAAAUGCUGGUUCGGGAAGCGAGCGGGCCGUGUACACGGACUUACAUCUACCCAGGGUCCAUGAGCCUUAAUAAUAUUAAUCAAUUUCAUUUUUCUCUUCAACAUCGUGAGAAUCCUGAUGACCAAGCUGCGAGCCUCCACCACUUCAGAGACCAUCCAGUACAGGAAAGCUGUGAAGGCGACGCUGGUUCUCCUUCCUCUCCUGGGAAUCACUUAUAUGCUUUUCUUUGUCAACCCGGGCGAGGAUGAGAUCUCUCAGAUCGUCUUUAUUUACUUCAACUCUUUUUUGGAGUCCUUUCAGGGAUUCUUCGUGUCCGUGUUUUACUGCUUCCUAAACAGCGAGGUGCGCUCAGCUGUGAGGAAGCGCUUCCACCGCUGGCAGGAGCAGCACUCGAUCCGAGCCCGGAUGACCCAGGCGAUGUCCAUCCCCACGUCACCUUCACGGGUCAGCUUUCACAGCAUCAAGCAGUCCACGUCGCUAUGAGGGACAAGACCCGCUCUGCCCCAGAUACACGCUCCCAGAGAACCUGGAGCUGUGGACGUCAUCGCUUUCUGCCACAUCACUGAAACACAGAGAGAGAGAGAGAGGGAGAGAGAGAGGGAAAGAGAGAGAGAGGCUGCGUCCGACUCAAACCUCAGGAGGGAUGUUUCACAGACCUUCAGGAGAAAGUCGACGAGGACAGGACACUGCAGACUUUGUGAAAUGUGAGGUUAGUGGAUCAGGAGGCAGAGCUGAGAGAGGAUCUGUUUGACUUUGGAUGUGAAUGUACAGCACUCAAUGUUCGUCAGUGUUUGCCUGCCGUAGAAGUCUCCGUUGUGUUCCUCCUCGCACUCUUUGUUUUGAUGUUUUGUUGACGUCAGCGUGAACUGGGAGCUCGUGCCGCUGGACUGCACUGAACUGGAUUCCCUCCCAGCGACACCGGACUUUAAGAAGCUACAGGAACUGUGACUAAGUUAUUAAAGAGAAACGUACAGAUGUAUUUUUA